AUGGGAACUGAUCGUAGAGUUGAAGUUAAACCUCUUUCAGGACAUGCAAGCUUUUCAUCACCAACAUCUUCUUCUUCAUCUUCUCCUCGGAACCGAAACCUCGAACAUUCUGAACUCGUCGAGUCAUCGACGCCUUUAAAUGUUCCGCCGACUAGUUCGAACGAGCAGUCCCCAGAACAAGCACCGGCAGGGUGCGCACGGAGUCGGAUACCGUCGUCCAUUUUCAGUACUCAACCUGGAACACCAACGGAGUGGAGCAUUGCUUCAAACGAAUCAUUGUUCAGCAUUCAUGUCGGGAAUAACAGCCUCUCCAGGGAGCAGUUUCUUUCAUUGUAUAAAUCCGGAGAGUUAACCGAGUUGGACGAGCAGAUCAUUGCCCAAGGUGGCGCGAUGCCUUCACUAAAAGAGCUGGAAGAGAUGGCGGCUGCGGAGGAAAAUGCAGGCAAGGGUUGUUCGGGAUCUGAAGAAACGCCGAAGACGGUGGUCGGAACAAGUGAAGUUGCAGAGGAUGAUGAUGAUCACAACAAAGAUGGCAAUGACGACAGCAUCUCCGGUCUUUCUGAUGAGAGCACUUUUUCCUUUGCAUUCCCUGUGUUGAAUAGCACCGACGGUGGAAGGAUGAGCUCGGUGAAUAUCCGCCAAUACAACCAAGAAUUAAAUAUACAAUCAGCAAAGCAACCGCAAGAGAAAGAACCGGAACCGGAGCCGGAGCAAUGCACUGAAGAAAUGAAACCAAAAGCUCCACAAAAGGGUAGAAAUCAAAGCUGGUUUUCCUGUUUCCGUUGCUGCAGAUAUCCAUGA